AUCCCCCGUCCUAUGGCUAUCCACUUUGGAAUUAAAACAACCAGGCAUCACACUCUGGAAGACUGCACAGUUGACAACUUUUUCCCAUUUUCAUUUCAUUUUGAACAGCGGGAACAAUUAACUGUUCGAAUUAAGAACAUCAUUUCAGCAUAUCCAUCAAAGAAAGACAUUCUUAAAGAAUUGAUCCAAAAUGCUGAUGAUGCUGAGGCAACAGAAAUUCAUUUCAUAUGGGACAAACGUCAACAUGGCAAAGAAAGGACAUUUGGUAAAAGCUGGAACAAUCUGCAGGGUCCAGCUCUCUGUGUUUUCAACAACAAAGUGUUUUCUGAUGAUGACUUGAAAGGCAUUCAGCAGCUGGGAGAAGGAGGAAAGCAAAACUUGCAAGGGAAAAUUGGUAAAUAUGGAAUUGGUUUCAACUCUGUUUACCACCUGACUGACUGUCCCUCCAUCCUAACUGGAGAUACAUUUCUUUGUAUUUCUGAUCCGACUCAGAAAUACAUUGAAAUUAUUUCAGAUAGACCUCGACAUGGCAUUGGAUACAACCUAACUGAGGAAUUCAAGGAAAUGUGUCUUGAUGUCUACAAAUCCUUUCUUCCUGAUCAGUUCACUCUUGAAGCAGGCACCAUGUUCAGAUUGCCUCUGAGGACUUCUGUCAAUGCAGAAAAUUCAGAACUAUCACAGCAAAAUGUUACUGAUGAGGACAUGAUUGAACUGUUCUCUGCCCUGUCUGAAGAUCCAGAAGGACUAACUUUGUUCUUGAAAAAUAUAUGCAAGAUUAAAGUUCAUGUGAUUGAUGAACAUUCAGAAAUACUCCAAACCAUUUUCAUGGUUGAAAAAACAUUGUCACAAGAAAGUGAGGGAAAAAAGAAUCAAUUUACUAAACAUCUAGAUAUUGCCCUAGAGUCUGAAAAACCAGCUACCCCUUGCCAUGUUCUCUAUGAAAUUACAAUUUCCACCUCAGAUAAAAGACACAGUGACUGGAUCAUUGCUGAACAGUUUGGGUCAUUUAAACAUGCUCAAUUAAAGAUGGCAAACAAACUUCUACAGGGGGCAAUCGCUGCACGUGUAAACUCAAAUUCAUCUCCACCAUCACGGUUCAGUAAUAACGAUUUCCAAGGUGCUGCCUUCUGUUCUCUUCCAUUGCCUGGAAAAACAGGACUGCCAGUACAUGUGAAUGGAAACUUUGAAGUAGAUUCUUCCAGGAAAAACCUUUGGAAGGAAGAUGGUCAAAAUCUUAAGUCACAUUGGAAUGAGAUGUUAAAAAAAAUCAUAAUUGCUCCACUGUAUGCAGAUCUUUUGGAUUUCAUCAAGCGAAAAGUUAUAGGCGGUUCACGUCUUCUUUCAAUAACAUACUUAUCUUUUUGGCCAAUUGUGUCUAAAAAUGUUGGUCCAGAGUGGCAUGAAAUGAUCCUGGAGGUAUAUAGGGCAAUAAAGGAAAAAUGCCUUUAUGUGAUUCCAGUUUUGAGGACUUCCAAAGAACGAGGUGAGAGUCAAGGUUGUAAAGAAAACUCUCCUGACUGGUGCAGCCUCAGAGAAACUGAACCAAUGAAGGCUCCUUACCUGACAGACUCAAAAAGUGAGAGGAUUAAUCCCAUUUUGGGGGAUGUUGGGAUGAACCUAGUUCAUGGUUCUGCAAGCAUGUGCAAGAUUUGGAGUACUAUACAAAAAGCUGGGAUUGAAGUCAGAGUCGUCUGUCCUGCCAGUGUGAGGACAUUCCUUUGUGCAAAACCUCUGAAUGAUCCAACAGAAACAGAUAAUGAUUUACCAUUACCCUUGACCGACACUUUGAUCGAGGAUGAACAAAGGUGUUCAGAGCUUCUAAAGUUUUGCUUGAAUGAUUCCAGGUUGUGGGAAAAUGCAGAGAAUGAUUCCACUUUGCUUGAUGGGCUUCCACUUCUUCUCACAAAAGAUAAGGUUUUGCGAAAGUUUAACUCUAAGACACCAAAGCUGUUUUCAAGAUAUGAUGAUCUCUUCCUUGGAUGUGAAGAUAGGUUUGCAGACUAUACAGUUAAUACACAAUGUUUUGACAUCCUGGAAAGUUUUAACCUUGUCAAGAAACUGACACUUCCUGAUGGAGCAAAGUUUUUGAUACCAAUAAUUGAAAGUCAGUUGUCCCGUCAUUGUGAAGUUGAUGCAGACAGUGGUCUGUAUGUUCCAAAUGAAACAAUUCUUAAGUGGCUUGAAUUACUUUGGAGAUUUAUUGCAAGUGAAAUCAAAUAUGAAACAUUCAGUGCUUCCAAAAAAAGUCUGACGUUAGGUGAUGUGAGGGAGCUCUUCAUUGACUGCAGCAUUCUACUCGUUGUUUGUCCAAGGUUAAACAACAAGAGCCUUCUGCAGACCAUGAAAUGCAUGCCAAAUGUGAUUCUAAAUGCAUCAGAAAAUGACAUAUCGCACAUCCUCUUCAAACUUGGUUUUAUGAGGCUAAACCUUUUCUUUUACAAGACAAUACAAAUAACUUUUUCAGAUGCUGAAUUAUUGGAUACCAAUGACAAAAGUUUAGUGCUGAACAGGAUCUGCAACAUCAACCAGUCAGAGUUUUCUCAACUUUCAAAUGAUGAUUUGAGAACACUUCAGUCCUUCUUGCAAUCAGGAAUUACCAAGUCCAAAAGUCAGAAAGACUAUGAGCGGAAACUUAGGUCUUUACCAAUAUUUGAAACAGCACUUGGUAAAAGAACAAGGAUUGAUGGACCUAAGAAGAUAUUUCUUCUCAACAGUAGAUAUUCAGCAACAUUUCCAGACCUAUUCACCCUUUCCAACAGCAACAACAUUUUUCUCAAAAGCAAUCCAGAAAACCAGGCUCUGUCAAAACUGCUUGACAUGAAAAUCCUGUCUGAUUUGAAAUAUUUUAUGAAGUUCAUUUUGCCUUUUGUACAAACACUCACAGAGGAGGACACUCUUGAGUGCUUAAAGCUAAUACUAAUAUUACAGCAUAAGUUAAGUUUUUUGAAGCACAAGGAAAGAAUUGUGUCCUCAAUGAAGUCAGUGAGACUGAUUCGAAGUUUUUGUGGUGAUCUGCAGACUGCCUCAUACUACUAUGAUGACAGUGUUGAGCUUUAUAGGAGAAUGGUGCCCAGGGAAAGAUUUGUGCCAGAUACAUUUUGGACAAAGCUUUGUGAAGAACAGCAACAUUUAACUAGACAAGCUAGAAACCUUGUCAGAGAACUUGGAAUGAAACAUGAGGUGACUGAAAAGGAUAUAAUCAAGUUUGCACGUGAACUGGAAUCUGAAGCAAAAGAAAAUCAUGAAAGAGGGCUGAAACUGAAAUCAGCAUUCCUUUUCAGAGAAGCCCUGAAAUAUGUGAGCAUUGAUAAUGGUGAAAGGUUACUGAGGAGCAUUGCCAAUAUCAAGUUCAUUUAUCCAGUUAAGAUUCAGGAAGAUCUCUGCAACUACCAUCAACCAUUUGCUUCAGAAAAUACCACUGUUUCAAUCAAAGGGUCUUUGAUUGAAACAUAUCCUAAACAUCAGGAGUUGAUUUGGUCCUCAAUGCCAGUUAUAGAUCUACCAGACUGUCACUCUGAGUGGAUUCUAAACUUAAUGAAAAAAGUAGGAGCUCACAAACAGCCACCAUCAGAAAAGGUGACCAGUAACAUGAGAAACAUCUGUCAGUCUCCAUGUAAAACGGAGGAGGUCACCAAAAUCCGUGCAGAUGUGUUUCGGCGUGCGUAUGCCUAUCUGCAAGCCAAUUGCUUUGAUGGACAGUCAUUGUAUGGUCAGCCUGUUGUUUUGGUUGAAAAAGACACUGUGCUUUUUAAAGCUGAUAGUGUGUGUCUCUCACUCUCUGAUGAACUUGAGUUCAGACCCUACUUGUACCCAAUUUCUUCACAAGAUGCCUUGUAUGCAGAGUUUUUUAAGAAAGUUGGUGUGAAGGAGGAAGCCACUGCAGAGCACUACUGUAAUGUCCUGGCAGCUGUUUAUGCUGAUUCCCGUAAAAAACAACAGCUGAAUGCAAACCAGUUGAUUACUAUAAAACGAGCAGUUCAC